AGAAUCACUGCAUGCUGCAACAUUAAUGGGCAGCACCGGCGGUGGAGGAGGUGGUGGGGUUGGUGGAGUAGCAGCCAGUACUAGCGGCGGCACGGCGGCCAGUAGCACGCCCUUUGCCAGCAUUUCGGCGCUGGUCAGCGGACCGUCCAGUGCCCCACCACCGCCGGUAACUGCCAGUGGCUCGUCGGCAGUCAGUGGCGGCACCAGCAAGCGCAAGAAAGCCAACAAGCAAAAGCGUUGAGAGCAGGAGGAUGAUCAGCCACAAAGGGAGUUGGAAACAAUUGCGGGAGUGGCCAGGCCCGAGGACAUCAAGUUUAGAUUUAAUUGCAAGCACUGGAAGCGCAAGCUGCGGCAGUUUCAUUUGCUAUUGUCCAAACAGUAGUCAGUCAGUCAGUUAGGAAGGUACACACAUAUUUGAAUGACCCACAGACAAAAAUUCCCAAGGGUAGGAUAAAGCAAUCACAAAGCCACUUUUCAACUAGAUGGACAUUAAUUACACAACCGAGAUGUGUAUAAAAUGUAAAUAUAUAACGAAAUAUGCUUUAUUUACAUUAUACGGAACAUAGUUAUAUAGGUUUUAGGUUCGCGAAAGUCCUUUGUUCUAGUUAGAUAAGGUGGAGAAAGGAGAAAGAUAAGAACAUACCUUGAACGUAAGUAAAUGAUGAAUUUUAGAUUUGCCUAGACUCGAAAGUUAAUGGAUUCGUUUUGGGUUUUAAGAGCACUUUGUUAUCAAUGGAUAUGAACACGCGUAUUUAUUUUGGACUCGCGACCAUUCUGAAGACCUUGAAUCGGUAGUUGAUUGUGGAAUUUCGAACUAGAUUGUUUCCCCUUCAAAGCUUUGUUAUAAUUUUCGCUUAGUGUGAGACUGAAAGUGCGCCUAAAACUGUUGAAAAACCCAUGCCCAAUAUUAUAGUGAAGACGCAUACAACACAACCCAUACAUGAAUCAAAUGCUUUAUAACCAUAUUGUUUGAACAGAUAGAACGAAGUGGGAGAAUACCUUAACGUAGAAUUAAACCAAAUUAUCAAGGUUCUAGAACUUAAAUCAUUAGCUUGUAACGACAACAGAUCAGAUAAAAGAAAGGAACACAAGUUAUUUGAAUUUAACUGGAGGAGCCCGGAAUCAAUGGAUAUUGAUUUGAUUUCAACUGAAUUAAGAAUAUAGCCAAUAGAUAAAUGUAGAAAUGAAGUAAUUGCAAGGAAUCAACAAAUGGAAUGUAUUUUUGAUAGAACCGGAAACAGAAGCAGCUGAAAUAUGCGAAUCAAACUGCAAAUGUUGUUAAUACUAAGCUCUAAUGUCUAAUGUCCUUUGAAGUCGCACUCAAACAAAGAUUUAAAACAAGCUUGUAAGAAAAAUAAACCAAUAAAUACACACGUAUAUAUAUGGAUACAAAACACCUCUAAUUGAACUGUAAAAUGUCUUAGUGUAGCAGAGAAUGAAAGUAGUUAUAAUAUACAUUUCUUUAAAAAACAUUAUUCGAGCGAGUUUUGGAUACCCUUCCAAUCGGGGGUAGACCUAAUUGUUCUACAUAAAAAUCCGACAACAAAUUUACCACAAGGGGAAAUAUAUUCAAAAUUCUUGAAUUAGAAAUUUAAAAACGAAAAAAAUGUAAAAUAGCUUCCACUAGCGUAUCUACAUAUUUAGGAAUCGAGGAGGAAUGGAUACUGUAAACACCCAUCUGAAGAAACUUCAAAACUUUUUGGUUUCAUCUCAACUAUGCGUGCGCGUAGAGCACUUGGAUAUCUUUGUAUAUACAUUUGAAUAGAUUUUUUAGUUGUUAGCUGACCUAGGGGAACAGGUAUCUGAAUAUUAUAAAAAUCAAAUGUUGCAAAUUAAUUUAUUUUAGCGUUAUAGACCCGUAGAACUGAAUGCAAUAUGCUUACCUUAAACUCAACAUAAUUUAAUUCUAUUCCUAUUAUCUUUAGUUGGAUUCAUUUUAAUGUUUUAUAGCAAAACUGUAUAUCAUUGUAAAUUAAUUAAAGCAUACGGAGUAGCAUCUACAAGAGUUAGAACAACAAUAAAAGAAAAUAUCAUUAUAACUUUGUUAAAAUUGUCGCAAGAGCAAUUAAAAAAUGAACCCAGCAACUUGAAGAAUCGAAAAUGAAGGCGAAUCACAGAAACGUAAAAAUAAUAAAAUAUUACAUUUACAAUUUUAAGCUAACUAAAUGUGUAAGAGUAACCUUUAACCACACAAUAUUAUAGCACAUUUCGGAUUAUCAAAUAUGCAUAUACAGCAAAUAUCUAUUAUAAACGGUAAAUGUAAACCCAAAAAGAAACACUGAAACAAUCUAUGUAACAGCCGAAAUAGCGAAAACAACCCAUGUAAUAAACAAACAACAUUUAAUGUAAUAUUGGUAUAACGUAAUUUUUAAAGUGAGGUACUAUAAAUAAAAAUUAUUGAAUAAUUA